AUGAUCGCGCGGAAGCAGAACAAGAGCUGCGAUGAGUGUCGUCGCUCGCGUAUCGGCUGCGAUGCCCGUCUCAAGUCCGGCCUGCCAUGUUCGAACUGCGAGCGCCGAGGGAAGGCUUGCAGCACUGACUGGCUCAUCAGGCGCAGGGAGCUUCGUGGGAGGGCCCGCAGCCAGAAAGCAUCACCUGCGCAAGACGACAGUCCCGUUUUGCCAAGCCGCGUUUCUACGACUCCAUGUCAGACCGAACAUCGAGAGCAAGCUCUGCGUCUCCACCAUGCCCUUUGGGACAUCUUCACAUCCCUUUUCGAGCCACGACUCGGGUUGUGGAUCGGUAACGAGUGCAACCCUUUCAAGCGCUUGACCACGACACUCGUUUCGCGUUUGAUGGUGACCCUAGAUGCUGCUAGAAGUUCACUCAAUGCUGACAGCUCAACUGUCGACACCUUGCGUUUGCCCAUCGAUACUUCUGCCCGCGAGGAUGAUACAGGUGCAACAGAGGCAUGCAUCAAUCAAGCCCUGAUGAGUGCUGUCCAUGCCUUCUCCGCUCGCUGGCUGCCCAUGAGCUUGUUUGAGGACGCAGGUCAGCGCAGUGAAGUAGGACGGCGGCGACUCAUGCAGGCACUAUGGAAUCAAGCGCAUCGUGACGCUCUGCUGAUUCUGACCUUGCCGAGCUAUCGAUCUAUUCUGGCCCUCUACCUAUUUGCCAUCACUCCGUCACUUGGCCCUGCAGACAGCCAGAUGGUCAGCCAACUUUGCUACGAGACCUCUUUACGACACUAUCUCCACCUUAGAAUCAAGACGCGAAUCUCCACCAUCCUACCAGGUACGGAACGUGAGGAGUUUGGCCAUCUCGAAGACAGUGCCUACUGGUUUGGUCUCGUCUGUGAUAUUUCGAGGAGCCUGUUGAGAUGUCAACCGCCGGUGCUCAUCUGCGGCCCCAGCUCACAAGCACGCGUGUGGGCCCUGGUCUCUCAUCAAGUCGACGACUUUGCAGCAUAUACCACCGGCAAUGGCCCGACAACGGACCUAUUAAGCGACGCCAUGGUGUUAAAGAUUCUACAGCUAGGAAGCUCAUGCAAGACUAUGUGCUGGGCAUCUGUCACUGAUGUACAGGACUCGUUGUUUUACAACCGUACCAGCCUGACUCCACAAGCAGCCCUCAAGUUCUGCUUUAGCAAGCUGAGGCAAUUCGAGACUGUCUUUGGCCCACACAUGGAACGCAUUGCUCGGGAUUUCAUUCUGCUCAAUGAGAAGAGUCAGCUUGGUUACAGAUUGGCAGAUACGUUGGUUGACGAAGGAGUUGCAAUAGCCGACUACAGGCUGGGAUCUGUCCGCGCAAUUGUCAAUACGAUCAAUCUCGUUCAACAGUUCGAUAACCUCAACCCGCACCAAACCAGCUUGCUUCUGCGGGACCCUUAUCCAGAGCAUGCCAGCAACGCCAUGGCUCGAGCAGCAAAGUCGGUUGUGAGCCUGACAAGAACCGAAGCCAUAACAAUGGCCGCCGCAUCUGUCUUGGCAGGUUCAAUCAUGCAAGCGCUACAGGUUGUGGCUCAUAUCUCUUUCAGCGCGUCACAGGCUCUCACAGAUCUGCCUAUACUUCUCCGAGAAAACAAUAUAGCACUGCCCAUCAGCAUUACUGGUGGCAAUAAUUCAGCUGCGGCUGCGGCUGCGAAUGCGACGAUGUCAUUGGACUCGGCAGUCACCCCAGAAAUGUUGGAGAAUGAAACGCUGAGAGAGCUCGGGCAGCAAGCUGCAUCAGACCCCGGUCUUGUGCUGAAGACAAUCGAACGCCAUGAAACAGAAGCUCCGGGGUCGACACCGGACUUUGGUCUUGACUAUCUACAGUUUAUUGAUUUUUCUGCCGUUGCAGAAGUUUGGGAUUUCGAUGAUGUAUUUUCUGGCAGCUGA